GAACCCUUGUUAGUUCUCACUAUGGAACCGAACCAAAUAGUCAAUUUCUUCAAAAACCAAACACUUUUCCUAACCGGAGGAACCGGCUUUGUUGGCAAACUGAUCCUCGAAAAACUCCUUCGAGAAUGUCCCGAAAUAAAAAAAAUCGUCCUAAUUUUGCGUCCAAAAAAAGGGAAAACGUCCCAAGAACGAUUCGACCAACUCUUCGACUUGCCUUGUUUCGAAUUACUCAAAUCGAUGAAAAUCAACAUUUCGGAGAAAGUUUUUUUGGUGGACGGUGAUUGUCAAGAGCCUUUCUUGGGCCUCAGUGCCCAAAAUUUGGACUUGUUGCGCGAGGAAGUGACGUGUGUUAUCCACGCUGCUGCCAAUGUUAAAUUCGACCAAAGUCUCAAAGAGGCAGCUUUCAAUGUUCGAGGGACUCGAGAUUUGCUCGAGUUGGCCAAACAGAUGCCAAACUUGAAGAGUUUUGUCUACGUCUCGACGGCUUAUUCCAACUGUCUUAACCCUCACAUUAGGGAAGAUUUUUACGAACCACCCCUAAAACCUGAAAACUUACUCUCGGUGGUGAAUAUCCUCGACGACGAUGUUUUGACGGAAAUAACACCUUUUGUGUUGGGCCCUUGGCCCAACACUUACAUCUACACCAAAUCCAUAACUGAGGAUUUAGUCAAAUCAGCUGGUACUAGCCUCCCGAUUGCCAUAGUACGCCCAGCUAUCAUUAUAGGUUCGAUCAAAGAACCAAUUCCCGGCUGGAUUGACAACUUUUACGGAGUUGUUGGUAUAGUUCUAGCUGCAUCUUUGGGCGUUUUGAGGAGUCUGAAUGCAAAACUAGACGCCAUAGCACCCCUAGUACCCGUCGAUUAUGUCGCCAAUGUAAUCAUAGCAGCGACUUAUAAAACCGCAAGAGAUCAACCGAAAUUCCCGGUCAUUUACAACUACGUCCACUUUGGCAAAAAAAGUGAACUCACUUGGGAUGAAUUUAUGAAAAAAGUUGAGCCCGAAUGUUGGAACGCAGCGUCUGAUAAAGUCAUUUGGUACCCCGUCUUCAAACUACAAGAAAAUAAGACUUGGCACAACAUUUAUAUAUUUUUCACGCACACUGUUGUGGCUUACAUUGUAGAUUUCAUCCUGUUUUGUAUCGGAAGACCGACUUUAGCUGUGAAAAAUUACGCACGUCUCAAUAAACUGCUCGCCUUGAUUUCGUAUUUCUCGACCCGAAGCUGGACUUUUGACACUGAUAAUGUUACAAAAUUGUGGCACGAAAUGAGCGAUGAUGAUAAGAACAAAUUUGAGUUUCUUUUGGAUACGAUCGACUGGAAUUCGUUUGUCCACGACUGUGUUGUCGGAGGUAGAAAAUUCCUUCUGAAGGAAACUCCCGAUACUAUUCCGAGAGGGAAACGGAAACUUAGAAUUUUGUUUUUUGCUUAUUAUACUCUAAUGGCCGUGUUUUGGUUUCUCAUGUAUAAACUAGUGAGGUUUUUGUUUGGUUCCUAUCAUAAAUACACCUUUUCUCGCCCACACCAGCAGUCCAAUACAAUGUCGUCGAGCGAAAUUAAUACUUUCUUCAAAAACCAAACCGUCUUCCUUCUCGGUGGUACGGGUUUUUUGGGCAAAACCCUAAUCGAGAAACUCCUGCGAUUCGACCAAAUCGCAAAAAUUUUUCUUUUAGUGCGCCCCAAAAAAGACAGAAGCCUCGACGAACGCUUCGACGACUUAUUCAAUUUUCCGUGUUUCGAGCGUUUGAAAAAAGAAAAUCCGGAAUUUCGAAAAAAAAUUGUCUUCGUCAGUGGUGAUUGUGAGCGCCCCAAUUUAGGGAUUUCCCCCGAGACUGAAGAUGUGCUAAUUGCCGAAACAAGUAUCGUGAUACAUGCAGCCGCUAAUGUCAAGUUUGACCAACCUUUACGAACAGCCGCCUACAUCAAUGUACGAAGUACUUGGGAUUGCCUAAAGUUGGCCAAAAAAAUGCCAAAAUUAAAAGCCUUUAUUUACGUGUCCACCGCCUAUUCCAACUGUCCUUACAUUGAUAUUGAAGAAAAGUUUUACACACCAUUGGUGACUCCCCGGACUUUACUUCAAAUUGUCGACUCGUUGGACGACGAAAUUUUGGAUAACAUAACUCCAGGAUUAUUGGGCAAAUGGCCCAAUGCUUAUGUUUUCACCAAAACAAUAGCUGAGGAUUUGAUCAAAUCUGAGGGAAAAAACCUCCCAAUAGGAAUAGUACGACCAGCGAUAGUGGUGACAUGUGCCGAAGAACCAGUGCCUGGAUGGAUUGACAAUUUCUACGGUGUUAUAGGAAUGACAGUAGCUAUAGCUCUAGGUAUUGUCAGGAGUGUCCACGCUAUAAAAAAGGCCCCUUGUCAUUUGGUACCUUGUGAUUAUGUUUGUAAUUUUAUUCUAGCUUCUACUUGGAAUGUGGCCCAAGAAACAACGGAUCAAAUUACAAUUUUUAAUUAUUCCGGGUCGAACAAAAACCUCAUAUCUUGGCAAAAAUAUGCCCAAUUGAUCGAAACCUGUGCUUGGGAUUACCCCUCCACUAAAAUUUUAUGGUACUAUGGGUUCAGUUUCACUGAUAGUAAAUUGUACCACGACGUCCAAACGUUUCUUUUUCACACCGUUGUAUUCUCGUUGGUCGACUUGGUCCUAUUUUGUGUUGGCAAAAAACCAAUGGCUGUGAAAAACGUCAAAAGACUGAACUACACCCUAAGCAAAGUGUCCUAUUUCACGUUGAACAAGUUCAGUUUCAAGCAUGAGAAUGUCGACAAACUUUGGGCAAAAAUGAAAAGUGAUGAUAAAAAUUUGUUUCGGUUUGAUAUGAGCGACUUUCAUUGGGGGAAUUAUCUCAGGAAGACAGUUGAAGGGGGGCGAACUUACUUACUGAAGGAGUCGCAAGAAACCAUUCCUUUGGGGCACAAAAAAGUCAGGAUUUUGAGAGUCGCUUAUUACUCGUCGCUUGUUUUGUUGUUUUACUGUCUUUUCCUUUUUGUUAAACUCAUUUUACACUUUGUUAUGUAAUUUUCUAAAUUUU